AUGGCUACGCCUGGUAAUCAGGCCAAGCAGGCAUGGCAUCAAGCCCUCAAGCUGCGCAAGCACUUGACGAAACAGAUAGAGAAGUUGAAAGCAGAUGGCUCAUCAUCUGGCACGAAUGUUUCCCACUUUGAUGCUAUUAGCGAAAGCCUGGAGCAAUUUCGCCUUGCCUGCGUGUCUACCAUUUUCCUCGAUUUCGAAUUCGCCGUUUCUGAGACGUCCGAAGAUAUACUGUGGCAAAUCCACAGCACUAUCAACACCGAGUUCCGUCGAGUUUUAAGCAAAUUCCGAAAUAAUUCGGCGCACGUUGUCGAAAGACGCAGGGUGGAAACAAAGUAUAACCAAUUUCUGCGGAUAGCGCAACAGUUUUAUAAGGGAUACAUCCAGCGCCUAUCUGCUCGUUAUGACGUCCGGGAGCUCAAGCGUGUUGCUCAUGGCAUUGCCGCCGAGCAGAUGCCGGCAACCGAUAUGAUAAGCCCUGUGUCAGAGGAUCUGAAAUCCAAAGUCUUGACCUCUUGCCACUCUACCUUGAUUCGCCUUGGGGAUUUGGCGCGUUACAGAACUCAGGCAAAGCAUAAGAAGUCGAGCUAUGAGACCGCGCUCUCAUAUUACAGCCUGGCGCAUGACCUUGUCCCUGAUUCCGGGUUCGCUUUUCAUCAGAUGGGCAUUAUCAACCUCGACGAAGGAAACCAUCUUGAUGUCAUUUAUCAUUUCUACCGUGCGUGGGCUGUCAAGGACCCUCAUCCGAACGCCAAGUCGAAUCUCGAAUCCAAGUUCAAGGGCCUCCAGACUACCAACUCUAAUUCGAGGAACAAGCCAUCAGUAUCCACGCCUAAUGAUGCGUUCAUCAUUUGGUUUGUUCGACUACAGGCGCUGUUCUACAAGGGAGAGGCCGUCACACCCCAGCACACUGAGCUUGAUAAAGAGGUCAUCCACCGUCUGGCAAUGGCUGCUAAAGAUCCCGCCACUGCACCCAUUUUGUUGAAGAUGUCACUUGUCAACAUUGCUGCAUAUUGCAUUUCUUCCGCUCAGUAUAAAGAUUCCAAAUCAGAAACUGCCUUCCGAUUUUGGCAAUAUUCUUUGGAUUUCAACAUCCGAUUUAUUCAAAAGUUGUGCGAUAUCAUCGCGGAUGAGCUCAAGCAGUCCCUGUCCCAGAACGAAGAGGCAUCGGCUGAAGGGGGUCUGGCUAUUCCGGACUUACCAACUGUCAGUGCUCUUCUCCCAAUUUUGCGAAUUUCUUGUAUCUGGCUUGCCACUCAUCGCCGCGAGGUCUUCGCUGUGACGGGUGCGCUUAACAAUUCUAUGGUCGCGUUGGUCAAGAGUUUGGCAACUGUCAUUACCCUGAUAGCGGCGGCAACAUAUUCGCGGACGGAUCUGGGUACCUGUCCAUAUCUCCUUGACGAAGACGUGGAGAUACGCGGCCUAAAAUCAUUCGGCGAGGAUAUGGUCCCGGAAGCGUGCAGAUGCCACAUUGACGAUAACGGCAAAGCGAAGCUUCAUUUGCAGUCCAAGGACGAUCGUCUCCCCAAGGCACGCGAAGUCACAGGCAGAAUGUUGGACACGCUCCGUUGUGCUUAUUUCUUGACUGAGGACCCAACUGUCCCGAUUACCACUCAGGUUUAUGAUGGCUGGCUUGUAUUCGUGUAUCAACCGGUCACAGCCUCUCAGCAACAUAGUGAGGUUCCAGUCUCUCAACAGAGAAGUGAGAUUCCAGACUCCCAACAAGAGAGUGAGGUUCCAGACUCUGUGCCCACGGACUCUGCCCCAACCACCUCUGUCCCGACUACCUCUGCUCCUGUUUCUUCAGAUGUUCCGCUGGAGAAGAAAGCGCAUGCAAAGAGAUUGCCUCGUUUGGAUGUCGGGGCGUCGAAUAGCCAGUCUUCGCCACGUAGGCAGAAUCUGGCGGCCAGCUCCAGCCCUCUACCCACCUCCAGGGCUGCUACUGCUGAUGUUGCAGCAAUUAACGGGCUGGACGAUGCCGACAAGACUGUUGUCAACAUGCUAUCUCCCUUCAUCGAUUGCCCGUCUCCAGAAUCCGAUCAUGACAUGGACGAGACAUCUUAUGGCAUGCACAGUGCAACUGCCAAUGAAAUCGCACAAGAGCUCCUGGCCAAAUACGAACCUGAGCAGCAGGUCGACCCUGAGGCAGACCCAAGCUCGUUCGCAUCAACUUCCGGGAGGUUUGCGCCCAUGCAUUGGGCUAGCUGGGACCCAAAGCCUACUUCCUCUGGAAUGCUUCGGUCGACUUCGAUGCUGGGCAACGGAACUGUGCCGAUCCAUCUUAGCCCCGGCCGCUCAUCUCGUGCUUCGGUCCCUGCCGGAGAAAGUCUUGAUGAUCCCUUCCGAUCACCGAGUCAGCGAUCUCCCAGAAGCCUGCAGUCUCGAGCUGCCAGCGGACUUGGAAACUCACACUCCUUGGCAGAAGAGGCUCACAGGAGCCAACUGCUCCAGGCGUUCUCCAACUCGCCUGCCCCUCGGCAGGCUUCUAUCUCUGGGUGGCCACAGGAUCAGAAUGUGUCUUUGGGCUCGACUUGGGGAGUUUCUCUAGGUCCCGAUAUGGGAAUUACAUCCUCAAGCAACUUUACAAAUGUCAGCAGCCUCUAUCAAGGCACGCCAAGCACUGGAUUCAUUCAAGCCGGUAUGCCCGUUUACGGGAGUGGCUCUCUGGAAAGCAAUAGAGUCCAAAAUGGAGGCUCCCGAGAACAGCCAGCCUCCUCAUCGACUCGCCGUCUUCAAAUGGACAACAGAGCAUGGAACUACAACGCAAAGGUUUUGCAGUCAGCAUUUCAGGGUGAGGAGUAG